AUGGGUCGCAUCGCGAAUCUGGCCUCAGGUCUGGAAAUGGGCGAAACCCCCAUCGCCAGAGAGAUCGAGCACUUCAUUCACAUCAUCACAGGAGUGGCUGUUUUCCUGGGCGUCACCUUCUUCGUCGUGGCCUUCGUGUUGGGCUACCACUGGUUGGACGCCGUUAUCUUCCUCAUUGGCAUUAUCGUCGCCAACGUUCCCGAAGGACUGUUAGCCACAGUCACCGUAUGUCUGACACUCACUGCCAAACGUAUGGCGAGUAAGAACUGUUUGGUGAAGAACUUGGAAGCCGUGGAGACACUGGGCUCGACGUCAACCAUAUGUUCCGAUAAGACGGGAACUCUGACUCAGAACCGGAUGACUGUCGCCCACAUGUGGUUCGACAACCGUAUCAUCGAAGCCGACACCACCGAAGACCAGAGCGGCGCUCAGUUUGACAAGUCGUCGGCCGGUUGGAAAGCCAUGGCCCGCAACGCGUGCCUGUGCUCGAGGGCCGAGUUUAAGGCCGGCCAGGAUUUGGUGCCGAUCCUCAAGCGAGACGUGGCCGGAGACGCGUCCGAGUCAGCCAUCUUGAAGUGCAUGGAGUUGUCGGUGGGGAAUGUCAUGCAAUACAGGGCUCGCAAUCGCAAAGUGUGUGAAUUGCCGUUCAACUCGACCAACAAAUUUCACAUCACUAUCCACGAGACCGAGGAGGACGACCCCUCCUAUCUGUUGUGUAUGAAGGGGGCGCCCGAACGCAUCCUCGAGCGGAGUACCAGUAUAUUCAUCGAAGGAAAGGAACUGCCGUUGGAUCAGGAGAUGAGAGACUCCUUCAACGCCGCGUACCUCGAGUUGGGAGGGCUGGGCGAGCGGGUGAUCGGCUUUUGCGAGCAGAAGUUGAGUCCCGAGAAAUACCCGCCCGGCUUCCCAUUCGACCCUGAUGAAUGCAACUUCCCGGUGAGCGGUAUGCGUUUCAUCGGUCUCGUGUCGAUGAUAGACCCGCCCCGAGCGGCCGUUCCCGACGCUGUGGCCAAAUGCCGGAGCGCCGGCAUUAAAGUAAUUAUGGUUACCGGCGAUCAUCCCAUCACCGCGAAGGCCAUCGCCCGCUCAGUCGGCAUCAUAUCGGAGGGCAACGAAACGGUCGAAGACAUCGCACUUCGGCUUAAUAUAGCCAUCGAAGACGUGGACCCGAGGAUGGCGAAGGCGGCCGUCAUUCACGGCCAACAACUGCGGGAAUUGAGUGCCGAACAGUUGGACGAUCUCUUGCUAAAUCAUCCCGAGAUUGUGUUCGCCCGGACAUCACCGCAACAGAAGCUCAUUAUAGUGGAAGGCUGUCAACGACAGGGAGCUAUAGUAGCCGUCACUGGCGAUGGAGUUAACGAUUCGCCGGCCCUUAAGAAAGCAGACAUCGGCGUCGCGAUGGGUAUCGCCGGGUCUGAUGUCUCCAAACAGGCGGCGGAUAUGAUUCUAUUGGACGACAACUUCGCGUCGAUAGUGACG